ACUCCUUCCCCUCCUGGACCUUUCAAAGCCUCCGCACAGCUAUUUGGGCACCCAGAGAACAAGAGCCUGUCCUGAGCAUAACCCGUAGGAGCAUAGCCAUGGUGCUCUGGGGACUGCUAGGGGCCCUGCUCAUGGUCAUGGUUGGGUGGCUGUGCUUACCAGGGCUGCUUCGGCAGCGCAGACCCCAGGAGCCUCCUCUGGACAAGGGCAGCAUACCCUGGCUGGGCCAUGCCAUGACUUUCCGGAAGAACAUGCUGGAAUUCCUGAAGCACAUGCGGUCCAAGCACGGGGAUGUGUUCACAGUGCAGCUGGGCGGCCAGUACUUCACCUUUGUCAUGGACCCCCUCUCCUUCGGCCCCAUCCUCAAGGAUGGGCAGAGAAAACUCGACUUUGUGGAGUACGCAAAGGGCCUGGUGCUGAAGGUGUUUGGAUACCAGUCGAUAGAAGGGGACCACCGGAUGAUACACUUGGCCAGCACCAAGCACCUGAUGGGACAUGGCUUGGAGGAGCUCAAUAAGGCCAUGCUGGACAGCCUGUCACUGGUGAUGCUGGGGCCUGAAGGCAGGAGCCCGGAUGCCAGCCGCUGGCACGAGGAUGGCCUCUUUCACUUCUGCUACGGUGUCAUGUUCAAGGCUGGCUACCUGAGUUUGUUCGGUCACACCAGCGACAAGAGGCAGGACUUGCUCCAGGCCGAGGAGAUAUUCAUCAAGUUCCGCAGGUUCGACCUACUCUUCCCCAGGUUUGUCUACUCCUUGCUGGGGCCCCGGGAGUGGCGAGAAGUGGGCCGGCUCCAGCAGCUCUUCCACGAGCUGCUGUCUGUGAAACACAACCCGGAGAAGGAUGGCAUGAGCAAUUGGAUAGGCCACAUGCUUCAGUAUCUCAGUGAGCAAGGGGUAGCCCCAGCUAUGCAGGACAAGUUCAACUUCAUGAUGCUCUGGGCCUCCCAGGGGAACACAGGACCGGCCUCCUUCUGGGCUCUCAUUUACCUCCUGAAGCAUCCGGAAGCCAUGCGGGCCGUGAAGGAGGAGGCCACCCGGGUGCUGGGUGAGCCUAGGCUGGAAGCCAAGCAGUCCUUCACCGUCCAGCUCAGUGCCUUGCAACACAUCCCGGUGCUGGACAGCGUGAUGGAGGAGACGCUGCGGCUGGGGGCUGCCCCCACGCUCUACAGGGUGGUACAGAAAGACGUCCUCCUGAAGAUGGCCAGUGGGCAGGAGUGUCUGCUCCGCCAGGGGGACAUCGUGACCCUCUUCCCCUACCUCUCAGUGCACAUGGACCCUGACAUCCACCCCGAGCCCACCACCUUCAAGUAUGACCGAUUCCUCAACCCCAAUGGCAGCAGAAAAGUAGACUUCUACAAGGCAGGCCAGAAGAUCCAUCACUACACCAUGCCCUGGGGCUCGGGCGUCUCCAUCUGCCCGGGGAGGUUCUUUGCGCUCAGCGAGAUGAAGCUCUUUGUCCUGCUCAUGGUGCAGUACUUUGACCUGGAACUGGUGGAUCCUAACACACCUGUGCCACCUAUUGACCCUCGGCGCUGGGGCUUUGGCACCAUGCAGCCCACCCACGAUGUGCGAAUCCGCUACCGCCUGAAGCCUCUGGAGUGAGCAUGGCCAAGCCAGCCAUGAGCCUGGCCAGAGGAGCUCCAGGUCCCACGGACCACCUUCCGCCUCCCUCGGGAUCUGUGGCAACCCCUCGCGCUUCUGUCCUGCUUGUCCUCCUGGCUGUCGGGCCCCCCAGCCAUCCCCUGGGUGGUCAUUCUCUCUUUAAAACACCAUCUUGGCCGGCGCCGCGGCUCACUAGGCUAAUCCUCCGCCUUGCAGUGCUGGCACACCGGGUUCUAGUCCCGGUCGGGGCGCCAGGUUGUGUCCCGGUUGCCCCUCUUCCAGGCCAGCUCUCUGCUAUGGCCAGGGAGUGCAGUGGAGGAUGGCCCAAGUGCUUGGGCCCUGCACCCCAUGGGAGACCAGGAUAAGUACCUGGCUCCAGCCUUCGGAUCAGCGCGGUGUGCUGGCUGCAGCGCGCCGGCUGCGGUGGCCAUUGGAGGGUGAACCAACGGCAAAAGGAAGACCUUUCUCUCUGUCUCUCUCUCUCACUGUCCACUCUGCCUAUCAAAAAAAAAAAUUAAAAAAAAAAAAACCACCAUCUCUCCCUCUGGGUUCUGCAGAGCCCUCUCUCCCACAAGAGGAGACGCCCAGGGAAGUGAUCAUACUGGUGGGAACCCAGCCUGGGUGAUGACAGCUGUUUCCAAGGGCUGCAAGUGCACACACCGGUACCUGUGACUUGGCAUCGGGCAGAUGCUGGGGUCCACCCUCCUACACCUUUUUAAUUUUGCCCCCAGCCUUUAUUCCUCAGCCUCUGGAACUCACAUUCUAGCACAGCGUCAGCCCAUAGGAAUCCGAAGGGAGCCCUGGGUUGUACUUUUUCCAUUUUCUAGUAAAUGCAUUAAAAAAAAAAAAAGCCAAAAGAAACUGUUU